AUGUCUGCAGCCACAACUGAAUCAACAAGAAUAACCUUCUCCUUCUGGGAUUACAUCCUCUUUGCUGGGAUGUUCCUGACUUCUGUUGGGAUCGGGAUAUAUUAUGCGGUUCGUCAUGGUGGGAGAACAAAGGUGGAUGAGUUUUUCACAGGAGGUAGGCAGCUGUCAGCCCUGCCUGUGGGACUGUCUCUUGCGGCCAGCUUCAUGUCAGCUGUUCAAGUGCUUGGAGUUCCUGUAGAGGCAUACAACUAUGGAAUCAAGUUUGUGCAGAUGUGCCUGGGCCAAACACUGAAUGCAGUGCUCACUGCCUACCUCUUCCUGCCUAUCUUCUAUCGCUUGGGAUUAACCAGUACCUAUGAGUAUCUGGAGCUGCGAUUCAGCAAAGGCCUCCGAUUGUGUGGGACUUCACAGUUCCUGGUUGCUACGGUCUUGUACACGGGAGUUGUCAUUUAUGCCCCAGCACUGAUAUUAAACCAAGUUACUGGGUUGAAUAUUUGGCUUUCCCUGCUGUCUACUGGAAUUAUCUGCACAUUCUACACUACUGUGGGUGGGCUGAAGGCAGUGGUCUGCACCGACACCUUUCAGGUCAUCACCAUGAUGUCUGGUUUUGUAGCUGUCAUCAUCCGUGGCACCUACUUAGUGGGAGGAGUGGGCAAAGUUCUGGAGAAUGCCUACAAUGGGUCCAGGAUCAAUUUUGGAGAUUUUGAUCCAGAUCCCAGGCGACGCUACACUUUCUGGACAUUUAUUAUUGGUGGAACAGUGAUGUGGCUAUCAAUGUAUGGAGUCAACCAGUCCCAAGUCCAGCGUUACAUUGCCUGCAAAACAGAGGUCCAAGCACGGCUUGCCAUCUUCAUCAACCAACUGGGCCUCUGGAGUAUUGUGACCAGUGCAGCCGCUUGUGGUAUCAUCGCAUUUGCUCUGUACCGAGACUGUGACCCAGUGAUGGCAGGUCAUGUGACUGCACCUGACCAGCUGAUGCCUUACAUGGUGCUGGAUAUUUUUCAGACCUACCCUGGAGUUCCAGGCUUGUUUCUGGCUGCAGCCUUCAGUGGAACACUAAGCACUGUUUCAACAAGUAUUAAUGCCAUGGCAGCUGUCACUUUGGAGGACAUCAUCAAACCCAGGAUGAAUAGAUUGUCCAAUAGGACAUUGGAUCUGAUAUCAAAGGGACUCUCCUUGUUAUAUGGUUUGGCUUGCAUCACAUUUGCUGCUCUAGCCUCUCUCCUUGAAGGGGGCGUUCUACAGGGUUCCUUCACAGUGAUGAGCAUGAUCAGUAAUCCCUUGCUGGGGGUAUUCAUCCUUGGAAUAUUUCUACCUGCCACUAACACCACUGGUGCAUAUUCAGGCCUGGCAGCUGGAUUUGCAAUAUCCUUGUGGGUUUCCAUUGGGGGUAUUCUAUACCCACCCAGCCCUGGAAUUAUGGGUGUUCUCCCACUCAACACAAACAGCUGCAAUGCUUCCUACAGGUACAACACAACCCUCAAUGGCAGUGUGUGGAUCAUUGGCAGAGGAGGAGAGAGUUCAGGGCUAAUGGAGAGUGCCCCUGUAGUUCAGCAUUUCUAUGCCUUGUCUUACCUUUAUUAUGGAAUCCUGGGAACAACGGUAACUGUAAUUAUUGGAAUCGGAGUCAGUUAUUUAACAGGGCCGACAAUGAGAGAAGACAUUGCCAAUGGUCUCCUCUGGUGGGAUCUGUUUAAAGGGAAACCAGUUUGUGAAGAGACUGAGGAAAUACCAUUCAAAUAUGCAAACAGUUCAUCAGCAGCGCCAGUUCUCCUGAUCAAGGACAGGCCAGAAUUCCAGGCCAAAGAAUAUUUUUCAAGGGAUCCUGUCUGCAAUCAAAACACCUCCUCAGAAGGAGUUGAAACAGACCUGCCUCCGCUAUUAGAAACCUGUGUUUGAAUCUGGAGCCUUCAAACAAGGGGCAGACUGGGAGUGUCACCACUGAAGCUUCCACCGUAUCAACCUUGCAGAUCCAGUACAUAAUAGUGUAAUGCCACUGAGGCCGAUUUACCAUCUUGGUCAUCUACUCCAAACAUUCAUGGGUACACAGCCUCUCUACAGAAAGAAGGCCACUUGCUUGGGCUUCUCUUUGCACUAUUAAAGGAUAUAUUCUAUUUAGUAACCUACAUAGUAGCAUAUAUGCACAAUUUUUCUCAACAAUGCUGCGACCAUGGUAACUGGGACCUAUCUUGCGUCACUGUCUUCCUCUUUGGCAGACCCUAUUUUGGUUACUCUCUUUAAGA